AUGAACGACGGGAGCAAGACUGGACAACCAAACGACAAGAGAAAUUCAAUGAACAAUUGCGAUAGUCAAAUACGACAGUUUUAUGCUGGCAAACAUAUAUUUCUCACAGGAUGCACCGGUUUUCUGGGCACCGUUGCUGUGGAGAAAAUCUUACGCACGUGUAAAGAAAUUAGCAAGAUUUACAUCAUGAUUAGGCAAAAGAAAGGGAAAUCGGUAGAAGAACGGCUUAAACAUUUCUUUAAAAAUGACAUAUUUAAUAAAUUGCGCGAAAUGAAUCCUAACUUUAUGGAAAAGAUCGAGGUGAUUUACGGCGACUUGGAGAAAGAGGACUUAGGCCUCUCACCAGAGGAUCGUCGUCGUCUCGUGGAGAACGUGAAUAUAAUAAUUCAUAACGCAUCGAUGGUGCAUUUCGUGGCGAAAGUGUCCCGCAUUUUACGAACAAACGUGAUUGCCACGCAAAAGCUGCUCGAACUAGCGAGAGAAUGCCGUCAUUUAAUGGCAUUCGUUUAUGUUUCGACUGCUUAUUCUCAUCAUUACAAUCAAACGAUCGAGGAGAAAUUUUACCCGCCACCGGCUGAUUUGAAGCUGAUCAAAGAUUUGAUACGUGCUGACGAAGAGAACGCAGCUGGAGUUACCGAGGAAGUGGUUCAAAGUAUGGUAGACAAGUGGAUCAACAUUUACAGCUUUACUAAAGCCACCACUGAAGAUUUGGUUCGCAAUUUUGCUAGAAAAACCUCGUUACCCUGUAUCGUCUAUCGGCCUUCAGUGGUUGUAGGGACAUAUAAGGAACCAAUCCCAUGGAUUGGAAAUAAAAAUGGUCCGGUGGUAUUGGUAAUGGCAGUCAUUGAAGGUUACCUACAUACCUUGUACUGGUAUGAGAACGUAAAUUUUGAUGCAAUUCCAGCUGACAUGACGAUUAAUAGCCUUUUGAUAUCGAUCUGGGACUUUGUCGUGUAUAGGAAAUCGAAUGAACCGCAAGUGUAUAAUUAUGGAAGUUCCGACUGGAAUCCACUGAACGUCUUUUCAGGAGCAGUAAAUAUUAUAGACAUUGCACAUAAAAAUCCUUCGACCAAAGCGGUCUGGUACCCGUUUUUCAUUUGUGCUAACAACUUUUUCAUUUUCUUUGUACUUCACACACUUUGUCAUAUCUUACCUAGUAUAUUUGUCGACUUAUCUCUUUUGGUACGAGGAAAGCAACCAGUCAUUACAAGUAUAUUGUUCAAGUUAACGAAAAAUUAUAAAUUAUUGUCGUAUUUCAUAUCUUCGAACUGGGUUAUAAAGGCGGAUAAACUGAAAGAAGUUCAAAGGAGGAUGAAUACAGCAGAUUUGAAAGAGUUUCCUUGCGAUUUAAGCUCAGUGAACUGGUAUGAGUGUACAGAAACAUUUGUGGCAGCUGUACGAAAAAUACAGAAUGAACCACCAAACGCGGUGAAGUUCGACUCAGGAGACAUAUAUGUAUUUAAGCAUGACCUGAGGCAUUUUCUCCAUAGAUGUUGCGCUUAUAUUGAACCAAACGAGAGCAGCAUAUGUGAGGAUUGGACGAAUUAA